UAAAAUUUGUUCCCUUUUCUUACUCAGCAGUAUAUUGGCAGCUUUAUAAAAACUGAACGGAAAAUUUCCUGCUCACAUGUACCUCAGAUUCCAGCCCAGCAGGCAGCACUCUCCUCUAUCACGACUAAGACACAAUGAUGCAUUUGAGGACUUUAAUUUUCACAUCUGUCAUGCUCCCAUGGAUACUGUCUUCUGCAGCAAAGAAUGAAUACGUGGAAGUAUGGAAACCUCAGAAUGGUAUUGUAAAUACCCAGGACUAUGAAAGUGACCAAGAAGUAACUCCAAAAGCAAAUGAAAUGCCGACAUGCCUGCUGUGUGUCUGUCUGAGUGGAUCUGUUUACUGUGAGGAGGUGUUCCCAGAAAUAUCCACCGUCCCAGCACUGCCGAAAGAAACUGCAUAUCUGUAUGCACGCUUCAACAAAAUCACAAAAAUCACCAACGGUGACUUCUCAGACAUGGUCACUUUAAGAAGAAUUGACCUGAGUGGAAAUCUCAUCACUGAAAUAGAAGACGGUGCUUUUUCAAAACUCAUAAAUCUCGAGGAGCUCUCUCUUGCAGAAAACAGACUGACCAAGCUUCCCAUGCUGCCCACUAACCUGGUGUCAUUCAAUGCUAAUUCUAACAGGCUCAGACCCCAGGGAGUAAAGGCAACUGCUUUUAAAAGACUCACAAAACUGGCAUAUCUGUACCUUGGAAACAAUGAGCUGACAGCAGUGCCUCAUCUGCCUGAAUCUCUACAUGUUGUCCAUCUGCAUGAUUGUUCUCCUGUGUCUGUCCUGCAGAACAACAGGAUUGUGACAAUAACAGAUGUUACAUUCUGCAAAGGAAACUCCAGUCACUACAUCAGGACCAACAUGGACGAGGUGAGACUAGACGGGAACCCCAUCAAGCUGUCGAGACACCCUGAGAGCUUCAUCUGUCUUCAGUCUCUCCCUAUUGGCUGGUACAACUGAAAUAAAGAUGCAUGAAUUACCACUGGGUUUAAAAUGAACGAGGCAGAUAUACAAAAGAAGAAAUGCCAUUUGUUAAAUACUACUAUGUUACAUUUAAUAUACUCAGUUCUUUCAAUGCAACAUAUUUUUUUUACAAUAACAAAUAUCUAGUUACAGAAAGUACUUGUACUUGUUUUUCUCCAGUGUUACUGCUUUAUCAAGGCAGGUGCUUUGCAAUACAUCAACAUAGACUUGACAUUGAACAUUGUUGAUAUGAUUUCUUAUGAUUGCACAGCAGUGGUGUCAUCACUGCUAAUGUUCCUUGAACUGAAGGUAAUAUGAAUAAAGCGUGCAUGUUUAAAGAGAUCUCUCCAUCAGACUCUUGCAUCUCAGGACUCUGAUGUUUUGGAUGUCGGCUUCACUCCAGUAAGGAAUUAAGAGUCCAAGAAAGUGUCCUUUGAUUAGACAUGAAAUCCACAUUAAACCCGGCCAGUGUUCAAACCAUCUGCAGUCUUCUGCUGGUAUUCCCGUUCAGACUGUUUUCUUCUGUAGACAUCAU